UUAUCUCCCCCUCUCAGUCCCGCUUGUGGCCACCGUUUCUGGGGCUCAGGGUUUGAACGCGGCAGGACGUUCUGAACAUCUGAAGGCGUGACUUUAUCACAUUCUUGUAGAACGAAGAGCGAAGAAUAUUCACAGGAGGGGAAAAAAACAACAACAAAAAAACCGAAAACACCCUGCUGGAAAAUCCCUGCUCCAAAUUCAGAGGGAAAGAGAAAGUAUAGGCUGUUGCAUUGCUCGUUUGCCGUUUGUAAUUUAGUUUUGUGUGACUUUAUGUAGAAUCCAACCGAAUAAGACUCAAGCAAGCCUCGGUUUCUUUUUAAUAAAUACCAACGUCCGAGUAUAAUUUUUUUCAAGUGUCAUCUCGUUACUUGUUGUACUGAAGUCGUCUAGUAGCUAAAGCUCGGACACUCGCACGGAAUUUCGAGAGGGCGGGGAACCAGACACCAGAGCACCAGGACCUAGAGACCCGACCACAUUUGGCACUCCUCAGUUGACCUCCACACGCUACGUAGAACGGGCCAGGCCAGGUAUCAGCGAAGGGGCUGUGCUAGGUAACAGCGAGCAGCCAGUGGGACUAUCCGGACCAAUUGCGCUUAAUCAUUCGGCAGUGGUUGAAGCAGCUGCACCAGGAUGGAGAAACAAAUGAGGUCAACUUCUUAUGGUGUCAGUGUCACCUCGGAUCCACAAGCAAAGGAUGGGAAAAUUUGCCUCAGUGUGUAUGAGCCUAAGGUGCAGGUGGUGAUUCUUCAUGUCAAAAACUAUGGUGACAAGUCUUUUAAUUUUACCUUUGACAUCGACACCAAAUGGAAAGAAUACUUCACUCUCAGAGAUGACAGUGGUGUCAGCCAAGGCAAGCAGCUAAAACUCAAACAAGGACAGAGCUACACCAUCAACAUACUUUUCCAGUCAGAGGACGCAGGAUUCUAUCACGCGAGACUGAACUUAGGAUUUAUGCCAGACCUACCAUCCAUUCCUUCCUUUGAUAUUACAAAUGUCCUAGAAAUAAAAAUGCUGGCCUCCAUAGCCCCAUUCAAGCGCCGCCCCAUUCCCCGAGGACCUGUCCGUUGUUUCAAACCCGAGAGGCGGGCAACUCCAAAAUGGAAGAAGGACCUGAAAUCUUAUGUGCCUUUGAAAGAGUAUAAGGUGCCCCACUACGUAAAAUUACAUACUCUUGUGAAGUUAUUGGAGGACAACAGUGUGCCCAGAAAUUCUUGGCAGAGGAAUGUUAAAGCAUUGCUGAAAAGUCCUCUGAGCAUGAAGAACUAUUCUUAUAAGUUCAAAUGGCUGCUGUACAUAGAGGAGCUUCAGAGGAACAAGGACAUCAAGCAGUACAAUAUGGUUGACGUCUCCAUGUCCAGAGACCCAAGUAGGAGGGACUGUCUCAUUCUGCAGGUUCCAGACGUCUCUCAGAACUGUCCAUUUUUGCGACCUGGUGACCAGCUGGUGGUGACGCCUUCAGAAGUGUCAGAGGGUUCAAAGAGUUAUGGAUAUGAAGUCUAUGUCUUUUAUGUGGAAAACGAUCAGGUCUUCCUGCACUGUCACAGAGAGUUGGUAAACCUCUUCACAGACAACAUGAAGUUCAAUGUUGAGUUCACAGUGGACCGUUUCACCAUUCGCAUCCAGCAUAGGGCAGCGGAGCUGGUGUCUGGACUACGGAAGGUUCUGUUUCCCACUGGCACCUCCUUCUACAAGCAGACAGAAGUACCCACUUUCAGCCCAUUUAACAGCCAUAUGACGAAGGAGCAAAACCUAGAGCAGUACACGGCUGUACAGCACAUUUUAGCUGGUUCAUCCAGACCUGCCCCAUACCUUGUGUUUGGAUCUCCUGGCACAGGGAAAACAUCAAUUGUGGUGGAGGCCAUCAAGCAGAUAGACAAGAGCAAUGCCUCCUGCCACAUCUUGGCAUGCUGUCACACUAACAGUGCUGCUGACCGUCUCUGUAUUCGGCUUUUGGAAAAUGAUGUGGAGGUACACAAAGUGUACCGCAUGUACGCCGUUUAUCACAAGGGAGCUAAACCCCAAGAACUGCAGAAGUGCUGUAACAAGUCAGAGGAUGACCUUCCUACGAGAAAAGAACUGAUGCAGUAUACGAUCGUAGUCACCACGUUGCUAAAUGCUUCAAGGUUGGUGACAAAAGGGAUACAUCAAGGCCAUUUCACUCAUAUCUUUGUGGAUGAAGCAGGCCACACUGUAGAGACAGAGUGUAUCAUCCCUUUAGCAGGUCUACUUGAUCCUUUUACAAGUCUAGUGGUUUUGACUGGAGAUCCAAAACAGUUGGGCCCCAUCGUUAAAUUCUCCCAGGCCCAUAAAUUAAAAAUGGAUGUGUCCCUGUUGGAGCGUCUGAUGGACAUCGAUCUGUAUAAGAAGGAUAAGAGCGGAGCAUUCAACAAUCGCUUUCUUACCAAACUACUGAAGAACUACAGGUCCCAUUCCGCCAUUCUGGAGAUCCCUAACGAACUCUUCUACGAGAGAGAGCUCCAAUACAUGGCUGAUAAAGCAAUCUGCAACUCUUACUAUGGAUGGCAACACUUACCGACAAAGGACUUUCCAUUAAUCUUCCAUGCCGUGGCAAGUGUUGAAGAGCGCGAAGGCAACAGUCUCUCAUUCUUCAACUUAGCGGAGGUGGAGGUGCUGAUGCAAUACGUGGUAAAACUCCUUGAAAAGCCAGGCAAAGGUGGCAGGAAACGAACCCAUCCAGAGGACAUUGGCAUCCUUGCCCUAUACAAGAAACAGGUGGAGAAAAUCCGUAAGGCCCUCCAAGAAAUGAAGACACUCCCUGGAGUAAACAUGGACAAGCUUAAGGUUGGUACAGUGGACGAGUUCCAGGGUGAACAGAAAAAGGUGAUUCUGCUGUCUACGGUGAGAAACAGCACCAUUUGCCAAGGGCAGGAUCAAAUGCCCUCCCUAAACUUCAUUGGCAAUGAGAAGAGGUUCAACGUGGCAGUGACCCGAGCCCAAGCACUACUAAUCGUAGUGGGAGACCCCAAAGCCUUGGAACAACAUCUUUGUUGGGCCAGGUUUAUUGAUUACUGCAAAAAGAACAAGGGGUACCUUGUACCUUUUCUUCAAGCAGAGGAGUGAAUGGAGAAACUGACAUCAGUCCUCAUGUCGAGAUUAGGGGAAGUGUGACUCAGUGGCGGUCACACCCCGAGUGCAGAGAGAGAGCCUCUUCUUCAGUGCCUAGAGUCAAAAACAGUAUAAAUGAAAAGAUGGAAUUUAAUCAGCAAUAAUAAUGAUGAUAAUAACAGCUUCAACUGCAAAUUGGACUUGAUUAGACUCAAAUGCACCAAUUUAAAUGGAAAAAUGCUGCCAUCGUAACUUUUCUACUAACUUCCUGUUACGUUCAUAGACAUAUCUUUUCUAGCCAAUGAAUUAAACGUACCAAUUUAGAUAGAUGUUUUCAGUUUGCAUUAUCUACUAGCUUUCUACUGAGCUCUAUGCUUCAUUUCUGUCUUAGCCCCUAAUGUUUUUAUGGGCAAGUUUUUAGCUGGUAAAAUUGUCAAGAGUCAGCCUCCAAUAGUUUCUCCAACAUUUUGGAACAAGUCCUCUAACCCUCAGGGCCAGAAGAAGUCCUACCCCCCUGGCCAGCAAUGAUCAAAUAAAAGAAGACCUCAGCAAAAGAAAGGAAAGGCUGGAGAUGUCAUGAUGACUGUCAUGGUGAUAUGACGGGCAUGUCAUGAUGACUUGCCCUGCAUGUGAUUAGUCAACAUUGUUUGUUGGCACUACCUAACAUUGUACUUUUAAAUAACAUCCCUAUCAUCAUGUACAUGUGAAAUGUGUGUAGGCAAUAUGAUCUGGCUUAUCUGUUCAUUUAUUUUCAUUUGUUGCAUUCCGUUUAAUUUUGUACCUGAUUAAUUCAAUUUCAUUUAAUUCAGUUUGUUAUCUCUGUGCCAUUGCUUACGUUGUAUGUAAAAGCCUUACUAGAUUAAAGUUCCUGA